CCAAAAUUGCCCGGAUGUAAGUGUGCAACAGAACAGAUAUUUUCCGUUAUGAUAAAAUACAAGAAAUUCAUUAUAAGUCACCAUGUCUAAGAGAGGAGCACAGUCGGAGCUUACAGACAGAAACUGGGAUCAGGAGGAGGAUCCAGAAGAGGCUGGUGAGUUUGUGAAAGCCAGUGCUGAUAAAAUAAAGGGGAGACAAAUCAUAAAAGCCAAAAGAAGGCAGCCAGAAGGGUCGGGUUCAGCAUUUUCUGGAUUUGGUGGAUUUUCAUUUAAACCGACUCAAACAAGUACUCCGUUAUUUGGAGGGAGUAAUUUUUUCAAAACUGAAUCUAAAAUACCAGCAGAGGAAAAGAAAGAAUCUCUCAAUGAAAAAGAACCAGAUAAGCGGAAAGUAGAUGUGGCAGGUGAUGAUGUAGGUCAGUCACCAACAAAACGUCAAAAAGCUGAAACUAAUGGAAAUGGCAGUGAACAAAAUGGACCAAAUUCUGCUAGUCAAAACACUUACCUAUCAAAUUUGAAAGCAUUGAAUAUAAGUGUAUCCACGUGGAUAAAGCAACAUUUAGAUAAAAACCCAUACUGUAUUCUUUCUCCGAUAUUCAAAGACUAUGAGAAUCAUCUUAAUGAACUUGAGAAAGAGAGACAAAAAACUAGUGAAAAUGGAAGUGCUACAUUAAAAAAGGAAGAGUCAGCCAAACCUAUGGAAGAGGACACAAAGCCUCUUCCUAAAACAGGUCUUACAUUUGGUAUGGGAAAUCUGAAUGCAGUGAAAGACACACCUCAAACCUCUGUUUUUAGUGGUUUUGGGUUAAAGACGAGCACUAUUGGACCAUUGACAGGUGGUGCACCUGGUGGGUUCAGUUUUGCUGUGGGAAGUUCGCAGCCAUCAUCAAGCAGUGGUGGAGCGGAGGGGAAGGAUGAUGAUGAAUAUGUGCCACCUCAAGUCGAGACAGUUGAACAUAAAGAGGAAGGGGCUUUGUACAGCAAAAAGUGCAAGUUGUUUUAUCAGAAGGACGGUACAUGGGUAGAGAGAGGUGUGGGCUUCCUUCAUCUGAAGAAACCUGAUGAUAAAGCUCAACUUCUUGUUAGAGCAGAUACAACACUAGGCAACAUUUUACUAAAUAUCCGACUAUCUGAAUCGAUGCCAUUGAGUCGACAAGGAAAGAAUAACGUCAGUAUGAUGUGUGUGGUAAAUCCUCCGAUACCAAAAGUAACCGAUGAUAAACCGAUACCAAUGUUAAUCCGAGUAAAAACUGGUGAUGAUGCAGAUGAACUUCUUGAUAAAAUGAAGGAGAUCCGAUCAUAAUCAAAACUUUGAAGACAUUGGUGCUAGAGCUAUCACAGUUCAAUUCAGCUAUCACAAAAUUCCUGAUAUUUUUUUCUCUCUUAAUAGUUGCAAGGGGUAAUGUGUAUGGGCAUUAAAUGUCUACUUGUUAUACUUUAUUGUUCAUCAAGUUACUAAUGUUUCAUACAGUUUUAAAGAAGAAAUGUUAUUGAAAAUGUUCAUGAUUAUAGAUAUUUCAGCUGAUAUAAGAGCUGAUUGGCAAAGACUAAGGAAGUCAGAACACACCAGUUAUUGUUCAUGAUUAUAGAUAUAAUUUCAGUUGUUAAAAGAACCGAUUGGCAAAGACUGAUGAAGUCAAAACACACCAGUUAUUUAAAAUUCAAGAAAGUUUUAUUUCUAUGAAUAUGUUACAUUCUAUAUUUAGUGCUGUUU